AUGUUCGUCCAACUGCGCCGCGUGGUGUACCUGUUGGUACUUCUGCACUGCUGUGCUUCUGUGGCAUAUGCGCAAGAUAGUGUAGGUAAAACUGAAUUAAAUAAAAGUAGACCAUUUUCGGUUGUUGUUGCUCCAGCAAAUGAUACACUUCUUGUACUCACGUUAACUGUCAAGGAAUUGUGCAAGGAGGCGCUAGACACUGUUGACUCAACAGAAAGAGCAACCACUAAAUGCUCUACAGCUGCUGAUGCUGCAAANCUGUUGGUACUUCUACAGUGCUGUACUAGUGUGGCAUAUGCGGAAAGUGUGAAGGAGUCUGCAAAAGACGUUGUAUUAAGGAGGGGAGAUAGUUUAAAGAAGAUUGAAGGUGAAAUGGAAGCCAUACGUAUAGAAGCACUAAAAAAUAUAAGUGAUCUCAAGAAUAAAUUGAAAGUAUGGAAGGAAGAUUCUGAACGUGCUAAAUCUGUUGCUGAUGAAGUUAGACACAUGCGCCAGGUGAUUGAAGCUGCAAUGAGAAAUAGUGGUGUCCCUUCUGCGAAUAAAGGUGUUGUUGGUGUUAGUAUAACUGCAGGGCUGCUAAAGAAUGCAACAGAUGCAGUAGAGAAAGCUGAGGUUGCUGUUAAGAAGGCAAAGAAUUCAGCCUCCAUUGCAAAGGAAUUGGGGAAUUCUUGUUUGGAUGCGUUUUAU